AACCAAAGCAUACCCCAAAUCCGAAACCCUAAUAGAAAUACAAUACAAGAAAUACAAGACCUUGUCUUUCUCCUCCUCCUCCUCCUCCUGUGUGUGUGAUGAUGCUGUCCUCAAGUCCACGUGCGCCCUCACCAGCCGUGUGAUCUCCGACGAGACUCGGAUAAAUUAGUCCAAAAGCCCUAUUUUAUCGCUACCAGAAAAUUUAGGAAAAUUUAUCGGAGCUUGGCUGACAGAGUCUCCCUUUUCUCUCUACUCGUAUUUUAACUCCGCCGAUCUCUCUCUGGUGGGGUUUCCGUCCCCCCAUCUGCCUUCAGUUUUGUGAUUUAAGGGUUGGUGUUUCUGGGCGUGGAUUCGAUUUGGGGAAAAUUGGAGGCGAUGGAGAAGGAGCUGUUGGAGGUGUUUGACGACGUGACGAAGGCGGCCGACGCCGCGAAAUCGUGCGACGGUGGCGCCGAGGAAAGUCUCUGUCUUGAGGCCUUGGACCGCCUUAAUAAUUUUCCCGUCUCUUAUCAGCUUCUCGUCUCAACCCAAGUUGGGAAGCGUCUUAAGAAUCUCACAAAACAUCCUAGAAAGAAAAUCCAGACUUUUGCGCUUAGCCUGAUGGAAUCAUGGAAGCAAAUUGUCAUUGAGGAAACAUCAAAAAACGAUGUGAAGAAUGGCAGGUAUGAAAGAAAAGAUUCGCUAAAGCGUGAGUCAAAUCCCAAUAGUCCCAGGCCUCAGAAGAUUCAGAAAACUGCUGCUGUGAAGGUUGAGAAGGUCCCCAAGGCUGAACAGGGUGACAUUAAGAAGGUUGAUCGUGAUGUUAAACCAAGCUCAGAGAAAACAUAUAGUUCUGAAAGUGGGACAACGGAUACUAAGGUUGAAAAUCAUAAUGUUGUCAAGAUUGAGAAAGCGGAUAAUGUCAAGGUUGAAAAAGUAGCCAGAGAAGUGAAGAAACCUGUUUCUGGUCCCCCAAAGUUGACAUCUAUACCAAAGUCUAAUGAUCAGGCAAGGGACAGAGUAAGGGGAAUGCUGCAUGAGGCUUUGUCCAAGGUUUCCCAGGAGUCUGAGGCUAAUGAAAGAUUUGUGGAUUCAGUGAAUGCAUGCGACCCUAUUAGAGUUGCUGUUACAGUGGAGUCUGUGCUAUUUGAGAACUGGGGUGGUUCCAAUGGGUCCCAGAAGGCUAAGUACCGAUCACUAAUUUUUAACCUGAAGGACCAAAAGAACCCAGAUUUUCGCAGAAAAGUUCUUCUUGGAGAUGUCAAGGCAGAGAGGCUUGUAGACAUGUCCACAGCUGAAAUGGCAAGUGAUGAGAGGCAAUCAGAGAAUAAAAAGCUCGAAGAAAAGGCAUUGUUUGAGUGUGAGCGUGGACUUGCACAAGUGGCUUCAACUGAUCAAUUCAAAUGUGGUCGAUGUGGGAAACGCAAGACCACCUACUACCAGAUGCAGACGCGGAGUGCCGAUGAACCUAUGACAACAUAUGUAACAUGUGUAAACUGCAAUAACCGCUGGAAGUUCUGUUAGAGUGUCUGGCCAUUUGUUGCCAAUUGACUUCGCAAGUUAAAGAGUGUAAAGCUUCUUUCUCACUCUGGUUGUGCACUAGCAUUAGGGCAGUCUAGAAUGGGAAGUUUCCCAAUUCAGUAUUGUCAUAUGUAGGAUUUUUUUUUAUAAUUUUUUAUCUGUGUUUUGUUAUUCUUCUAGUCUUGUUAGGCAUAAUUUGUUUGGACAACUUUAAUGAAUUGUUGAAGCGUUUAUUUCAUAGUCCAUUGCCA